UCACACACAGCCUUUGUAGUGCGCACGAGCUCCAACAGAGGACUGGCUCAACUUCAACCCGAACCGGAAAUGACGUUUGGCGGCAUGUUGAGUGUUAUACAAGGUAUUGUUGGAUAACUGUGGUCAGUGAAUGAAGUUACACAAGCGCGCGCACACGCAGCACUUUGAACCCGCCGCGCCGCGCCACGCUGUUUGAUUCUGUAAGCUAGCUGAUGUGAAGCGGAGAACGAGUGCAGAGCUAACAUGGCUAAACAUAAACACAGGGCUCAUGCUGCUGCUGCAAAGGACAACACGAAGAAGAAGAGUCCAGCUGUGCAGGAGAGGAACUCUCAUCCCAACACGCCGAGCAGCAAAGACAAGGGUACCAGAGCCAAAAAUAUUGCCAAGGCCACCAAGUCCAGAGGCCAAGCAUCGAAAAAGGUGCAAAAGCCAUCAGAUGGAAAGAAGAGCAAAUACUUCAGUGAGCCAUUAAAAGAAGAGCCUGAGGACAUCUUUGAGGAUUCGAGCAUGUCACUUCCAGAGAGCUGUGUGCUGAAGAGCAACGAUUACAAAAUGAAAGAAGAGAAAAAAGAAAAUAAUGAUGAGAGUGAAGAAAGUGAUGAAGAUGAGGAUUGGGAGGAAGUGGAAGAACUGGCAGGCCCAUUAGGACCAGCAGAGACAGACCAAGAACCUGCAGUUCCUUCUCAGCCUGUGGAGAUUGAGAUCGAGACAGCCGAGGCCAGGCACAAGAGACAAAAAAAGGAGAAGAAGCAAGCUGAGGUUAAGACUUACCUACGCAGAAUAAUGAAACGUUUCGACAAGGAGGUACAGGAGAAUACACACAAGGUUCAUCUGUUAUGUUUAUUGGCUAGCGGACUGUUCCGGAACCGCCUGUGCUCUGAGCCUGACCUGUUGGCCAUCACCUUGUCCUUAGUUCCCACCCACUUCACCAUAAUUAUUAAAAAGCGUAUCAACACUGUCUAUCUGGAGGGUCUUCUGAAGUGGUUUAAGGAGACGUUCACACUUAACCCUGCUCUCCCUGAAGAGAAGGACGUGGGACUGCAUGAGCUGUUGGAGAGACGUUUGGGAAGUCUGUCGGCACGUAAUCAUCAGGAGAUGACCUACCUGUUCCUGCUGGUGCUGAGGUCUCUGCACUUCCACUGUCGAUUAGUGCUCUCGCUACAACCAUUACCGCUCAAGCCACCAACAAAAAAGGCUGAGGCACACACCUCCAGGAGUCCUCCUUCUAAAGACAAAUCUAAUGACACUGAUAAAAAGCCAGUGGAACCCAAAGUUUCCCCUGGGUCCAAACGCCCAUCAGUUUCCAGGACUGAGGGGCAACCAAAGAGAGGAGGAAAGAAACAAAAAAGGAAUUUUGAGGAUGGAGAGAACAAAGAGAAAGAAGCGGUAGGGGGACAAAGGCCAAAAAACACCAAAAGAAGGAGUACCGCAUCCAAAGUGUCCUAUAAAGAGGAUAGCAGUGAUGAGGAGGAGGAGCUUAGUGAUGGGGAGGAGUUUCAGCCGACCAGUGAGGAUGGCAGCGAUGACUCGGAGCGUGAUACAAAAAGGUCAAACAAGAAUUCAAAGACUAAAAGAAAGUUCAAAAAUCUGACUCCAGCACGAUCCAGCAAGAUCAAGAAGAGAGCAAAGGAGGAGGAGGAGGAAGAAGAAGAAGAAGAGGAGGAAGAAGAAGAGGAGGAGGAAGAAGAAGAAGAAGACGACGACGAAGAAGAACAGCUAGAAGGGAAAAAGCAGCAAAGGAGAAGGAGGCAUGGAAAAGGAAAUGAUGACUGGAUAGAGGUGUACCUGAAAGGGGCAAAGAGAUGGAUAUGUGUUGAUGUUGAUCAAGGGGUGGGGCAACCAGAGCUCUGCUCCAAUCAGGCCACUCAGCCAGUUACAUACGUAGUUGGUAUAGAUGAAGGCAGUUACCUGAAAGACGUGAGCAGCAGAUACGACCCCACCUGGCUGACAUCGUCACGGAGACGGCGUAUCGACUCAGAGUGGUGGAAGGAGACGUUACACUUCUACGAGUGUCCCGAUUCUAAACAAAAGCAGGAGGAAGACAAAGAGCUGCAGGACAAGUUGAUGGGUAAGCCAUUACCCACAGCAAUAUCGGAGUACAAAAACCAUCCUCUGUAUGCACUGGAGAGGCACCUGCUAAAGUACGAGGCACUGUACCCUUCUACUGCUGCCAUUUUGGGCUACUGUCGAGGAGAACCUGUCUAUUCACGGGAUUGUAUCCACACACUGCAUUCCAGAGAUACCUGGUUAAAGCAAGCGCGCACUGUCCAACUCGGGGAGGAGCCUUACAAGAUGGUAAAGGGCUUCUCAAACCGUUCUCGGAAAGCCAGGAUGAUGUCUGAGAGCAAGGAUGACAAAGACCUGGCCCUGUUCGGCCACUGGCAAACCGAGGCGUACCAGCCUCCGGUAGCCAUCAACGGCAAGAUUCCACGUAAUGAAUUUGGAAAUGUGUACAUGUUUCAACCGUGCAUGUUGCCGGUGGGGUGUGUGCACCUGCAUCUUCCAGGUCUGAACAGAGUGGCUCGAAAACUCAACUUGGACUGUGCUGCUGCUGUAACAGGCUUCGAUUUCCAUGGAGGAUACUCGCAUGCUGUAACUGAUGGCUACAUUGUAUGUGAGGAACACGAAGAAAUUCUGAAAGCUGCCUGGGAAAAUGAGCAAGAGAUUCUAAAGAAGAAGGAGCAAGAGAAGCGUGAGAAGCGAGCACUGGCUAACUGGACGCUGCUGGUGAAAGGUCUGCUGAUUAAAGAGCGGCUGCAGCGGCGUUACGGACAGCAGGGCGUGGCCAAGGACACAGGCAUUGCACAAGGGGAAGGAGGAGAAGCGGAAGGAUUCUCAUCUGGAGAGGAGGACGAAAGUGGAGCUCGCACAGCUCCACCAUCUCUGGCUGUUUCAUGGCCACAGAACAGGCAGGAGGAGCAGAAAGAAGGAGGAGCUAAAAAGUCUGUCAGUAAGAGGGAGAGGCGUGGCCAGCAGAAACAUCUCUUCCCUUUUGAAAAAAGUGCGUGAUGAUGUUCUUGCUCGCUUUCUAUUUCUCUGUCUCGGCUUUCUUUGUCAUCUCUGUUUACACGGCUAAGGUUUCAUGACACGGAUGCCGUUCCACUGCAAUAUGCGUAACAAGUGCGUCUUUUGUUUCUUUGUCUCUUUUCUUGCCACUUAGCCUGAUUAUUUACAGGGAAACGAACCAAACAAUUAUGAUAUACAAGAAAUGAACGGAAAAUCCGUUUACCCAAAAUUCACUUACAGUGGAGGUCUAAGGGCAGCUGUUGCAUUUCGUUAAUGAAACUUCAGAGCCACAAUUGUUAUAUUCGAACAUUAAAGAUCUCUGAAUGAGAUAGACAUAAGAAUUUUUAUCAUGCUGUUUGUAAGGCAGUUUUAUUCGUUUUUCUAAAACUGGAUAAAUACAGUAAAAGCACUUCUCAUUUACUUAAUGUUUCUGAAAUGGUUUUACAAUCCACGUGAACGAAGGUAGAACUGAAACACUUCCAUGUUCGCUUUAAAAUAAAGGGUGUUUCAAAAAAUGAGAUAUUAUUUGAGAUGUAAAUAUCCCAGAAACUACAUAGUCUAGGCAAAUGAAACUGAACAGGCUUAAUUUUGAGCAAAAUAAGAUUUAUUCCUCAAAAUUUGAAUGAGAAAUUCAAAGGUAUGUGAACUCCAUGAACGAUUUCACAAAUUUUCAAUAUGUGCGCCGCCUGAGACACGGCACACGUCAAGUCGGUAGUCCGGCUCCUGCCCAACACGCUGUAGCAUGUCUUUGGUAACAAUCUUUUCUGGGAACAGUGCAGCUUUUGAGAAUUCUCUCAUAAAUGCACGCUGCACAGUCUUGUUCGAGCGUACUCUAACACACACGACGCCUUUUCUUUUCCACUGAAUGGCAUUUCUAUACCUAAAAAGAUUUUUUUUUUUUUAUAAAAUUUAAACAUCAAAUUUUGACCUGUUUCCACACAUGCUGUUAAAAUUUGACGUCAGUUGAAUGAGAAUUGGCAAAGUUAUUAGAUUGUGAAACGAUAUCAAAUUGUUUGAAACACCCUGUACAUUGACAACUUUGGUCAUUUCAUCUGAAAGAAUGAAUGAUACGGAAUUAGGCGUUCACUUGCAAAUAUUUUUAACUGAAGAAUUUAUGAAAGGUUUCAACAACAACAACAAAAACUGUUGCAUCACUACCCCAGCAAUUGCGCUUGCACUUACAAGUGAGCUUCAACUAACAGUUUUGUUUUUUUUUUUCUUAGUAUGCGGAAACCUUAGAUACUGUAUGGGUAGAUAAAGGCUAUGUUAAAAACACUGGAGUAUUUCUGUAAAGAUAAAUUAAGGGCCUUGUAAUCCAAUGCUGCUUGUUCGCUGCUCGUGUUUCUGGACCUUGAAGGCUAUUGUGUCGAGUCUGGCUAAUUUCAGUGCUUCUAGUCCAUAUUUUCAGUGAGGACAGGAUGUCUGAUUGGCUGUGCACAAUAUCCAACAUUCAACUUCCUGCAAUGUGCCAGCGACUGGAGGCCAGUAAUGUCUCUCUAUUUCUCAUAAGCCCAAAUUAUUCAGUGGCUACUGCCAUUAAGUACCUUGAAUCACUUUUCUUGUUUCAUCACUCUCUCUGCAUGGUUUCCAUGGGUUUUUUUUUCUCUUUAUCAUCAUACUUUUGUCUUUUAAGAAACCUUAUGGAUCAGUCUUCCACCAAAUGCACCGUAUAAAUGUUUAGUCUUUGACAUACUGUACUGAGUUUUUAUUAUCAAUAUCCCAAAGAAAUCUCAGAGCUAUUGUACAGUUGAAUGUUAACUUCAGUCUUCAUCUACACCCUGUACCUGUACAAUCGGCUUUACAAUCCAUAAUCAUUAAGACAUGUUCGAAUCUUACUGUAAUAAUCUUGUUAUUGACUGAUAUUGAUUUUUCACUCGUACAGAAAUGUUUUUAUAGAGGAAUUUUUUUUCUGGAAAACAUUUGUAUAAAAAACAAAAACCUGAAUAAAUAAUAAAGAGUUUGGUAUGUAA